GCUGGUCCUGAGAGGAACACGGAUGAUUUGGUGCAGCAGCUUGUGGAGCAGGAUGAUCUUGAGCAGCAUGACGGUGAGGGCAAGAGUGCGGUGGGUAGGACAGGCACUGAUGCGCUGACUGCCAACGUUUCGCUUGCUGCCCUUGAACAGCGAGAGUAUAUGAAAAAAAGAAAGCACGAGCGGAGCAUCACCGCACCAUUGAUCAAAGAUGUGGCCACAGGACUUGUACGCUUCGCAAAUGCCACCAAGGGGACACAGUUCCGGCAACGCUUGGACAAUGUCUUGACAUGCUUGGUUCAACAGGCACACCGACAAGAGGUGACAGCUUUGCCAACCUCCAUCCAGGAAUGUCGGAAGCGACAUGCUGUGCUACUGCAGGUCUGCAGCACAGAAAUGUCUGAAGAGGACCGUGAGCUUAUAUUGACCAUACUCAACACUAGUUGGUUGGAUGCUUUUCAACCUGGCCAAAACUUGCAGCACAUUUGCGAGCCUGGUUGUUGCGCGAAUGACGCUGUAUUCCGCGUUCGCCUUCACAAGGUAUUGGAUUGUAUGUUCAGCCAUCUGUUUACGGCGCCCCUGUUGUAUCGGUGGAAAAACUUCGAUGGUGCAUGCGAGUACGUCGCACGGGGGAUGGUGGUGCAAAACCUGAUGCGUGCAGUGUGGGCAAUGUGCAAGAACGACAACGCAGAUUUCGUGGAAGAGCUUCAGCAGGCUACGAUGGAUUUGGACAAUCCAGACAACAACCCAUCUGCAUGCCAGCAAGUCAGAGUAGCCAAGGUCUUUCAGCUUUUGUGCGAACCAGAUGCGACGGCUGCUUUGCUGAAGGACGAUAGCCGAUAG